CUCAGAGAGACGCUUACAGUCUGUGUUGUGUUCUGUUCCUACAUGCAUUUGUUAGAAGGAGCCCUCCAGCAGUACCGACCAUAUAAAGUCCAGCCCAGGAAAUGGCCAACUUCAGCCUCAGCAGGUUGCACUUUCAGUGCUGCUUCAUAUUACUCGGCAUGUCUGUCGUUAUCUAUGUGAUUGGCACCUUCUUUGAGGGCUCCAAAGUGUGGCUCAACAGUUUCUCCAUGUUCCAAACAGCCAACAAUCACACACUAAUAAAUGUAACCCAUCUCACAAUAUAUAACGAAACGGUCAACCAACAGACAUCUGAAGCCAUACACACAGAAAUAACUACACUGAGCAGAGACAACCUGACAGACAUGCUCAGUACGAAGUCCAUGACAACUGUUCCAGUGAAAGAAGCAUCAUCCAUCCAAUACCAUCAAGCAUACCCACGCAACUACCGCUUCAUCAUAGAUGAGCCCCAUAAGUGUGAUCAAGAAAAACCGUUUCUGGUCCUCAUGGUCCCGGUAGCGCCACACGAACUGGAGGCACGCAACGCCAUCCGGAGCACAUGGGGUAAUGAGAGUGUGGUCCAAAAUAAAACCAUCACUGUGAUCUUCUUGCUGGGAUUGCCUGGGAACGAGGCCGAGAAACAACAGGAGGAACUGAAGCUGGAAAGCCAGCGGUACCACGAUGUGGUCCAGAGUGACUUCAUGGACACCUACAUCAACUUGACGAUAAAGACCACAGUAAUCAUGGACUGGCUGGCCACACAUUGCCCGCAGGCAUCCUACGCCAUGAAGGUCGACUCUGAUAUGUUCUUGAAUCUGGAGAACUUGAUGAACAUGUUGCUGGCACCUGAUACGCCGAAGGAAAACUACAUUACGGGAAGGGUUAUGUGGAACAUACCAGUCAUCCGGAACACAAAUUCAAAGUGGUACGUGCCAAAGGAAUUAUAUGCUGAAGACUACUACCCAACAUACCUGCUGGGGAUGGGUUAUAUCUUCUCCAAUGACCUUCCAGAGAAGAUUGUUGAGGCCUCGAAAGAAAUAACGGCAUUUAACAUUGAGGAUGCAUAUGUGGGUGCCUGUGUAAAACGAAUAGGAGUUUCACCUUCAAGCCCUCCCAAUCCCUCCCAGUUUAAGGACUAUUUUAGUGGAACGUAUAAUCGAGAAGAGUUUGCCAGUGUGAUCACCACCAUCCUUCAAUCCCCACAGCAGUUGAUCACAUUCUGGCAGGACCUAAAGAGGCCUACAUGAGGGUCUUGGAGGGAAAAGUCAAAACUGAUAUUUGGUAUAUCGUUGUAAUGAUUUUGGAUUAUGUGUAUGGUAAACCCCCAUAUCUUCUCAAUAUGUAUUUAGAACUCAUUCAUAGUACAGACUCUUUUCAGACAAAUUUUCCAGCUCAAACAAUGGGCCUCAUUCACCAACCAUUCUUAAGAAGAAAUUUCGGUCUCACUUUAUAUAAAGUGUCUCU